AUGGCAAAUUAUCUACAGUCCCGGAGAUCCAACAGUCAAGCUAUCCCAGUUGUGAUCCUGGAGGAUAAUAUAAUUGAAAACAACGAGAGAUUUAAGGCGAUAUUAACCGCAGAGAAUGGUGUCAAUAUUCAAACUGGUUUUAAUACAACGAUUGUAACCAUCCAAGACAAUGACGCAGCAACUGUUUCCUUUGCACAGUCAGAGUAUACGGUGAACGAAACAACAUCCUCGGUUAAACUUUUCGUAUUGUUAAGUGGAACAAUUACUAAAAGCGUGACAGCUAGAAUAAGUACAGCAAACCUUGAUGCUGUUGGUGGAGUUGAUUACGUCACGAUAGUGAACAGACAAAUUACGUUUAAUCCUGGAGAUCCAACAGUCCAAGUUAUCCCAGUUGUGAUCCUGGAGGAUUAUAUAAUUGAAAACAACGAGAGAUUUAGGGCAAUAUUGACGGCAGAAAAUGGUGUAAAUAUUCUGCCUGGUUUUAAUACAACGAUUGUAACCAUCCAAGACAAUGACGCAGCAACUCUUUCCUUUGCACCAUCGGAGUAUACGGUGAACGAAGCAACAUCCUCGGUUAAACUUUUCGUUUUGAUAAAUGGAACAAUUACUAAAACCGUGACAGCUAGAAUAAGUACAGCAAACCUUGAUGCUGUUGGUGGAGUUGAUUACGUCACGAUAGUGAACAGACAAAUUACGUUUAGUCCUGGAGAUCCAACAGUUCAAGUUAUCCCAGUUGUGAUCCUGGACGAUAAUAUAAUUGAAUAUAACGAGAGAUUUAAGGCGAUAUUAACGGCAGAAAAUGGUGUAAAUAUUCGGCCUGGUUAUAAUACAACGAUUGUAACCAUCCAAGACAAUGACGUGUGUCAUGUGGCGGCAGAAAGUUUGCAACUUGUUGUGGCUGAAGGUAACAAAGAUAUUUUGUUUGUUUUCAAAGCAGCUGGAAUGAUAGAAAGGGAUGUACAAGUAAGUGCUUCGACGUAUGAUAUUUCCGCAUUUGCUGCACAAAAUGACUAUGUCGCGAAAUCAGAAGUGGUGACCUUGCAACCAGAUCGCGCUGAAGUCUCGUUUUUUGUUCGCGUCCUUAAAGAUAACAUCGUUGAGAAUACGGAGAAAUUCGGAAUACGUGUCACAACAUCUGACCCACAAGUGAAUAUUGUAAAUGGAACUUUACUUGUUUCCAUAACGGACGAUGACAAGAUUACCUUAUCCUUGGAACGGUCGGUCUAUCGGGUAAAAGAAAAUUUUAAGUUUGCAACCAUCAAGGUAGUUGUGACGGGAGAAACAGCAGUGAUUGUCACAGGGGGUGUUUUGAAAACUGAUGACGAAACAGCGGAGAAUCCUGAUGACUACACCUCCAUAUCCGAGGAACUUGUUAUUGCACCUGGGGAUCAGAGUAAAACUGUGAAAAUUUUUCUUAAAAACGAUCGGUUGACGGAAGGAACAGAAAAUAUUAUCCUUGACUUAACAACAACAAACAAAAAACAAAUUUCCAUCCUAAAAAGCUCAGCUCUUUUGCUGAUCCAAGAUGACGAUGGCAAAGUAUCUGACUUUGUCAAAUUUUGAAAAAAAUGUUUAUUCCCUAAUUUUCGCUGGAUAAGUUAUACAAAAAGAGUGCGAUGAGAUCUCUUUACUCAAAAUUCGGAUACAAACGAAGCUUUUUCAAAUUUUGUUGGGAGUAAAUCUUAGUAAACUCGCAGCAGGUCCUUUGCAUGUCCACAUUCGUCACAAUACUGCAUUGAAGUAAUCGAUAAAGCUUUUAUUAUAUCAUUGAGUGUUAUAAUUAUAAUUAGCAAUAUAUAUAGAGUUUUACGCCACCGAGAAAUAUCGUGUUUAAACACACGUAAG